UAUCCGGUUGUAAGUGUGGAUUUGCUUUUAACCAACAAGUAAACAAUGAGAUUAAUAAACAGAACGGUUCGGCUUUAGCUCGGUUCCUGCGUCACCUCAUCUCUAAUAUACUCUGUAUAAAUGGCUCCUCAUUAUUGUGCCGUGUGUCGGCAAACUACAUUCGCCGGGAAGGGACACAUCUUCGGGAAAAGUCACCAGAGCCGAUUGAGAGUGGUUCUCCUCAAGUUCCUAGAGAAAGUGAAGGAAGCUCGCCGCACACUCAAAAAGCCCCAAGUAGAAAAGUUUGACUGCAGCCAGCAUCCGCAGACAUUCUGGUGCUACUGCUGUGGGCUCGAAGUAGACAGAAAUGUUACAGACGGCAACAUGACGGUGCUGCAUGGAGGCUUGUUGGAACACAUGGCCACCCCAGCACACAGGAAGAAUACACACAAGUUCUGGUGGGAAAAUAAAGCCGACCCCAAGCUUCGAGACAAGGUCAUCAUCACAGAGGAGGAAACUGAAAGGUUUAAAGCUGAGCUGCCACAAGUUUUGGAAUCAUUUGUGGAGGAGGAGGAUGAAUUCAUUAAACAGCAUGCUGAUCAUAUCCGGGCCCAGGAGAAGCAACGUCAAGAGGUCCUUCAGUCUCUAUUAGAGCGUGAAGCAGACCUGGAGUCGUUCAAUGGACCCAAUGGCACAGACAUGUCUGCGGAGGAUUCUGUCAGCUCGCAGUUUACUUCUCAGGGAUCAGACCGGCAGCCAGGGAGCAGCUUCUUCAAGUCAAUGGUCAAAGCACCGUGGGCGGCAGCGGGACAGGGCCUGACUUUCAUCGGCCAUCAGGAUUCAGCAAACAGAGGAAAUGUUCACACAGGCGGAGUCCCACCUUGGCUCCAGGACGAUCCUUUGGAGGGGCCCUCUGGGGCUAAAGCACAACCAGAGAUCGGCCCAUCGCUCCAAGGGUUCCUCAAACAGAAGGAGCAAGAGAAGCUGAAGAAGCUUCCCCCGAACAGAGUUGGUGCCAACUUUGAUCACAGCUCACAGACUGACGCAAACUGGCUUCCCUCUUUUGGAAGAGUGUGGAACAGCGGCAGGCGCUGGCAGUCCAGGGACCAGUUCAGAGACGAAGAAGGGAAGAAGAAGAAGAGACCAAAGAGGAAGCAGGAGCAGAACUCAGAUGGGUCAAAGAAAAGUAAAACAUCUGGACAGCUGACAAACCCUGACGGCACUUAAAACUGAGUGUGAGUUCCUGAGUGAAGGGAUGUGUAUAUAGUUCAUAUAGUUUGCAGGAGGUGAAUGAGGUUUUCUACUGUAUUUCUCUGAGGACUUGUACCUGCCUUGAUAGACACCUUUGUCAAAACACUUCUUUAUAACAUAAUGGCAUUCCACAUAUUUACCCAAUGGGCACUGGUGAACGUAUUAUGUUAACAGUGAUUGUAUAUUUUGUAUAAAAAGAGCUAAUGAAA